UGAUUUUACCGAGAUGCUGAAUCCUGCUACUAAAAGUUGUGUAUUUUAUUUUUUGUUUUUUGAAAAAAACACAAUUCAUAGUCUUCACCGAAAUCCUUUUUCCUUGGGAUUUUUCACCGUCCACAAUUAAUUUUAUUUUUAUUAUUAUUGAUUAUUGUAUCCUAUGCAUUAGGCCACAGUGUAUGUUGCAACUCAGUGCUCAGUGCUUAAUCCAUCAGAUUGAGAAGCAUCUCCCAAAACCCCAAAUUGUUAGAAUCAAAUUUCUUUAACGCUGUUAAGCACAAAGCAGGAACGAUGCUGUUGAAUCUUCUUUUCACUUGCGUAUGAGCGCUGAUCCUUUCUUCUUCCAUCACUCUUUAUUAUUUGCAUUUGCAUGUAGCUAUUGCUAUUCAAUAUCUCUCAUCUCUUUCCAUUUAUCAUCUUUUGGGUCUGCAUACCAUGAUGAGCUCUUCCGGGUCUGAAUCCUGCUGUGCAGAUGUCAAAAUUUUUGCUGUUAUUCUUGAUUUGGAUGGGACCCUUCUGGACACAGAGAGUGCUACAAAGGGUGUUCUCAAAGAAUUUUUGGCCAAGUAUGGGAAAGAAUUGGACAGGGAAAGGGAAGAUAAGAAGAGAUUGGGGAUGACUUUGCAAGUGUCAGCAGCUGCCAUUGUUAAAGACUAUGACCUCCCAUUGACACCCAAUCAGUUUAUCGAUGAAAUCAUGCCUAUGUAUCGUGACAAGUGGCUGCAUGCCAGACCCCUGCCUGGUGCUAAUCGUCUUAUCAAACAUCUACAUAAAAAUGGAGUGCCUUUUGCUCUUGCUUCGAACUCCUUAAGAGAAUACAUAGAUGCAAAAAUCUCUCACCAAGAAGGUUGGAAUGAGUGCUUUUCAACAAUUCUUGGAAGUGACCAGGUCAAAUCAGGGAAGCCCUCCCCAGAUUUAUUCAUAGAGGCUGCAAGAAGAAUGGGUGUAGAUGCUGCAAAAUGCCUGGUGAUUGAAGACUCUUUGGUUGGUGUUAAAGCUGCUAAGGCUGCCAAAAUGAAGGUAGUGGCUUUUCCAUCUGAAAGUGAAGCUGAUUGUUCUUUGUUGGCAGAUAGUGUGCUUCAUUCACUUCUAGAAUUUCAGCCUGAGAUAUGGGGUCUUCCAUUAUUUGAUGAUUGGGUUGAUAAUGCAUUGCCCGUUGAGCCAAUUUACUUGAGCAUUCUAUAUAAAAAUGGCUGUGUUAGUGAAGUCACAGAACAUGGCAAAUCAGCUCUCCCUUGCCAAGUCUCAGGAGUGUACUUUGGUUGGGCUGAAUCUGGUAUGCAUAAGUUUUUAAAGGUUGUGGUUGGCAUUGGGCAGCGUCAUCGUUUAUGUAACACUAUGAGGAAUAUUCAAAUACAUAUGAUUGAUGAAAAGGCCUAUGAGUUUUCCGAUCAGCAGAUGCAACUGGUGCUUGUUGGUUACAUCCGGGGACUGAAUGGCAUGGAAUUUGAAUCCAAGAAUGUGGAAAUACUUGAAGAGGACAAGUCGAUUGCAAGUUGUGGGUUGGAUCAGUCCAUAUUCAUCCACAAUUUUUCUUCUCUUUUCAAUAACAAUUGCUGCGUUUCUGGUGGACUCUAAUGCUUCCCCACUAUAAUAAUAAUAAUAAUAAUAAUAAUAAUAA